ACGACCACGGCUACGGCAGCACGGUCACGGUCAUUCCUGUACUUUCCUGUUGGUUGUUCGUCAGCUCACACUUGCAUUCAGUUUUUAAUUUUCGUACGAAAAUGUUCGCGCACGUUCGGUACACGGACAAGGUUGAAGCUGUACUGCCAGUUAGCCUCAUUCAAAACUUCAAACCGAAGCACGUCGAGGACUUUGACGCAUCGUUAAAGCGGACGUUUUGGCAGGGACAUGACGAGCCUGUAGGAGGGUACUACACGGCACAGGUGCUGAGACUAGGAGAAACAAAAGAGGACAUCAUUGCAUAUCUUAUACAGAGUGGUCAGUGUGUCCCUGCUAUCAUUGAAGGACCGUACGUGCCCUCUUCGGAGACCGUCUCGAAAAAGCAAACAGGAAACGUAUCUUCGAAGAAUAAAAAGAAGGCCAACGCGGAGGCACGUCGACAUGAACUCAAGGAGAUCCUCAGAGAAAGGAGCACUAACGCCUCUGACCUAGAAGAUAAAGUGCGUAAACUAAAGGAGAAGGUGCAUCUUCUUGAGGCAGAGCUUCUAGAAGAAAGACAGCUGUGCCGUAGUGUACAGAAGGAGCUGAUAAGGGCAUAUUCCAGCUGCAGCUGCCAUAAAAUGACCUGCAGUCAGCAACAGCCACAGUCACAACAGCAGCGAACACCUUCCUCCAGCUACCUGCAGGGACAACGGAAGCUACACUUGUGGACGACCAUCCCGUGUUCACGUUGGAUGACGUUGUGGUUUGUCCUCCGCUGCAAUACAGUGACGAUGUGGGUCACUCAUCGACCACCGCUGAGGUCACUCAGGCCUCUUCGUCGGAUCUUGAGCCAAGCAGUGUUUGGUGCUCCCUGAACCAAAUGGUUCUUCCUGCAUCAACGAGUGAAGAGGAGCACAGUAACAAUGGUGGCCAGCUCAGUGGCACAUGCAGCACUCCCACUGGCAUCGCUCCUCUGCCACAAAUGCCAAUGCGAACCGAGGAUUCCGAUGUCGUACUUGGCAGCGGAAUCAAAAUCAAGAACGAGCGGUACCAGUGGUUAAUGAGGGUUAAAUGCGACUCAAAAUUCUGCAAGGAUAUGGCAAGGACAGUAUGGUCUCUGGAAGAGCUGAUGUGCCGAAGUGUGACUGGGGCUGCCUGCCGAAGGAAGAAAGACGCGGAGGCAAACCGUGCCUUGACC